AUGAAUCAGCGCCUGCCUGCAUACCCCCACGCCUACAUCAAAUCUGGGUCCCUGGUUUGGGAAAAAAAAAAUCAUCUAAGAACCCGGGAGGCUUGAACAUCCGAGGCGCGGGCACGAAUCCCGUUUCAGCAGUGCGCGUUCCCGACACUCACGGAGCGCAGCUUUCUUCCUCUCCCUCUCUCUCUCUGAACACCAGCUACGGAAACGCUCCCCAGCAGCCAUAGAGCGAUGCCGCACCUGAUCCCGGGCUCUCCUUCCAAAAACAUCAAUCAGAUGAGCAGCUGAGCCCUUUUAGUCUGAAUGAGGGGCUGCAUGGUUCUGCAGUGCGAUGCUGACAGCAAGCUUCCUAACCGAGGAGCUGCGCGCUUUGCAGCAUAGAAGAGGCGGCGGAUAGGAGCAGCGCGCACAGGCACAGCGGGCUGUUGCAGCAAGGCAACAUCAUGGAGGCUGGAUGUGUGGUUGCCGCGGUGAUUGAGAAUGCUGCCUCAGGACCCCAGAGAGAACCAGGAAGUAGUGGCGUCCUUGAGGGUGAUUUGUUACCAUCUACUGACCUCGAAAAAGAUGAUGGAUUACCUCAAGUUACCAACAUUAUUCCUCCUGGGGAGAAGCAGCCACAAGAGACAUCCACUGCCCUGAUGAAGAGUGAUGACAUCACAGAACACCCUGCCGAGCCCCUCCUGUGCUCCUGCGUCAGCACAGCAAGUAUGAAGGUCAAGAACAUGAAGAAGCUAACGUUCCCAAGAGGUCACUUCCCCAGAUUGGCAGAGUGUGCCCAUUUCCACUAUGAGACUGUUGAUUUUGGCAACAUUCAGUUGGCCUUGGCAGAGGGGCAAAACGAAGGACCAAAACCUGGUCUGGAUAGCAAAGAACUUGUUUUUUUGGUCCAGAUCACUUGCCAGGGUCGAAACUGGCUGGUGAAAAGAUCUUAUGAGGACUUCCGGGUCUUGGACAAACACUUGCACUUGUGUAUCUAUGACCGUCGUUACUCCCAUCUCACCGAACUGCCAAGAUACGACACCUUAAAGGACACUGUUGAGUUAGUCGCCACAAUGCUGAAUAACUACCUGUCCCGCUUUUCUGCCAUCGCGGACAACAAAAUCAACUGUGGACCAGUAUUAACAUGGAUGGAGAUCGACAACAAGGGGAACCAUCUGCUGGUUUCUGAAGAAGCUUCGAUCAAUGUCCCAGCCAUUGCUGCCGCCCACGUCACCAAACGCUACACUGCUCAGGCCACAGAUGAGCUAACCUUUGAGGUAGGAGAUAUUGUGUCUGUCAUCGACAUGCCUCCAAAAGAAGACACAGGCUGGUGGAGGGGGAAGCAUGGCUUUCAGGUUGGUUUCUUCCCCUGUGACUGUGUGGAGCUGAUAAACGAAAAGAUCCCUCCCAGUAUUCAGAACUCAGUACCAAAGCCAGUGUGCAAGAAACAUGGAAAGCUUGUAACCUUCCUGAGGUCAUUUAUGAAGUCUCGGCCGCCACCACAGAAGCUGCGUCAGCGUGGAAUCCUCAAAGAGCGAGUGUUUGGCUGCGACCUGGGAGAGCAUCUCCACAACUCAGGACACGAUGUCCCACAGGUUGUUAAGAGUUGCGCUGAAUUUAUUGAGAAAAAUGGAGUCGUGGAUGGCAUCUACCGACUCUCAGGGAUCUCCUCCAACAUACAAAAACUACGGCAUGAGUUUGACUCUGAGCAGAUCCCAGAUCUGACCAGAGACGUUUUCAGACAGGACAUCCACUCAGUGGGUUCCCUGUGCAAGCUCUACUUUAGAGAACUGCCCAACCCCCUGCUCACCUACCAGCUCUACGAACGAUUCUCAGAAGCUGUGUCUGCAGCUACAGAAGAGGAGAGGCUGGUAAAAAUCCACAAUGUCAUUCAGCAGCUGCCUCCUCCUCAUUACAGGACUCUGGAGUACCUCAUGAGGCACCUGUCCCGUCUGGCCACCUUUAGCUCUGUCACCAACAUGCACACUAAAAACCUUGCAAUCGUCUGGGCACCGAACCUCCUCAGGUCCAGACAGAUUGAGUCGGCCUGCUUUAGUGGCACAGCAGCCUUCAUGGAAGUGCGAAUCCAGUCGGUGGUGGUGGAGUUCAUUCUCAACAACACAGAGUCCCUUUUCAGCUCCAAACUUAAUGCUAUUAUAAGAGAAAGCACUGGUAACAACACUUUAUCAAGACCAAAGUCUCUGAUGGUUUGCUCCCCGUCCACUAAGCUGCUGUCUUUAGAGGAGGCACAGGCUCGGAAUCAGACGCAGCUUGGGUCUCCGGCUACAACUCCCUCCCUCAACCCCAGUGACUACAUUGAGGUCGGAGAAGGGCCCGAAGCUCUCCUGGGCAAAUUUCACACUGUCAUCGAACUGCCGACAGAGAGUGGGAAGCGGUCUCUUGUGAAGUCAAAGAAGUCUCCAGUGGGGAACUGGCUGUCCUUUUUCCACCUUGGCAAGUCCCAUUCAGUGUCCAAGCGUAAACUGAAGCGACACCCCAGUGAACCUAAUGAGAUAAAAAGCAUAGCACUGCCAGGAGGACGAGGUGAUAGUGGCACAAUGCGCUCGACUAAGAGUGAAGAAUCACUUACUUCUUUACAAAAUUUAGAGCCUCCAAGUUACCGCCCCCUCAGACCUCGUUCAACCAGUGAGGCUAUUUCUGCCACCAGCAGGGAUGACCUGCACAACUCAAGAGGAAAAGAGGACCGCCAAGCUCACCAGCCAAACGAGAGCAAACGCGGUUCUGACAGAAGCCGCAGAGCUGUUACCCCUAACCACUCCGAGGACGAUCUUGACCUCUCCCCACCGGCUGCAGGCAUCUCAUCCCUGGACUUCGACCCCAUGUCUUUUCAGUGCAGCCAGACUCCUGCAAUGCAACACGGCAGAGAUGGGAACAGGUGGAGGAAAGGUGUGGGGUGUUCCGGUGAAUCGGAGCCUGCAUCUUCUCAGAACAACUUUGGCUGCACGCAUUCUCCAGAUGUCAGCCCAGCAUUGUGCAAAAGUGGGAAAAAAGUUAGCUUGAAGCAUCUCUCCCCCAAAGUGAGGAAGAAAUCAUUAAAAUUGUUGGCAGAUGUUCAGACUCCCGUGCCAUCUUCCUCUCCCAACGAGGGCAAGUGGGAGGCUGCAGUGGCAGAUGGAAAGGAGCCAAGAGCCACGUUUCAGCACAGCAGCCCUAUCAACACAGCAAGUCAGGCAUCAGCUGCAACUGACCUCAGUCAGACUGCACAGAACCUCCCUGAUCCAGGAACAGAUAGACUUAUGAGUUCAGUCUCUGUUCUUCCUCCUCACCCCCCCUCGAUGAGUGCUGCACGCAAGUUGGCCUUGGCCCUGGCUGAGUCUGCCCAUCAGGCAAGCAACGCAUCCCACAGAAGAAGUCAUGCACAUAACCACAGACUGCAGCGACCCUCUGUUCUCGACCUCAAAGCCCAUCCUCAGGAGUACCGUGGCCCUCGUGGGAGCUCAGGGUCCCAGUGGCAAACAGCUGGGGAGACCCAUCGCUCUCCUAAUCCUGUCCAGUUCUGCUCUUCACACAUUUGCUCAGAACAGUUUCAGGUAGGCGAAAGCCAGGAAAGUGUGUGCAAUUUUACCCCUAAUGUCAGCCCCCUCGGGUCAGGGAGCUUGGAUGAAGGCAGCGCUGAGGGGAAGGAGCAAAGGGAGGAAAGAGAGACAGAGUUCAAACAAGAACAGCACACUUACCAGAGUGUUGGAGUUUCCACACCCUGUCAGCCUUUCUGCUCGGCAAGGAGCCCAACAGCCUCUCCUGUGUAUGCCAACACCGACUCUGUGGAUGCUUUUAAUUUCAGAUCUGUCCUGGCAGAGCCUUUGAUGCCUGCAUCUAUCAAAGAGGUCUUUCCACGCCAAUUGCAGACCUCUUCACCCCAUCACUAUAGCCCAGAGGAGGACAGUCCUCCCGGGUUUAGUGAGGAUGCCUUUAGUAAUCACCAUCAUCAUCCACAGUACCAUCACCGGCCAUUGCAUUUGGGUCAAACACCUGCACCACCCUAUCCUCGACCCAGUGCUCUGCCACCUUACCUCUCUGGACAUAAAGGCCUGUACAGGCAGUCAUCUGAUAGCCACUACAGCUCCUUAGGUCUGAGGCAACCUCUGUCACCCCAGUACAGGCGCUACCGGGGUGAUUUGCGGAAGCAACAUGGUCAAUGGCAGAGCUCAGAGGACAGAGUGGCAAGAAACCCUGCCAUCCGCAGGGCACACUCCUUCCAUGCCCCACAGAUAAGUCAUUAUGAGCUUGCUAACACAGAAAUCCUGCCUGUUGAUGCCAUGUUUUACGUAGAGCAAAAGAGAAGCCCUGAGUUACCCUAUCAAGGACUAAUCCAGGCUGGCCUCAACCCUGUACGGACACAGUUUCAGAACCUACUGCCAGAACACCAAUACCAUGCCGGUUCAAACGCGGAAAAUCCAAGAUCUCAUUACUUUGAUCCCCGUCGGCAAAGUGGUAUCCAUCGUCAACAGACAUUCAGUGUUCACUCCACAAGAGAAGGUGAGCCGUCAGAAUACUACAACUACUCUCCUCGCCAUAUCCCCCCUGUUAAUAGGGAGCUCUACAUAAAAAGCAGAGACACUGUGGUUUAUGAAGCUAGAGAUGCAGAGGUUUUUGAAAGGGUAAUAUAUCAACCAGUUCAACAGGAGACACAUAAGGGGACGUACCACUCUGUGUCUCCCUGUGAGACUCCAGACUCACCAAGGGACAUAAUGCACACGAGGAGUAAGUCAGACCCUGGAAACGGCAACCUUCUCUCUGCCCACAACAUGGAAGGUGAAAAGGCUGUAACUACAUCCCCGACCUCACCCAGAAUGAGUUCCCAGCAAGGAUUCCCUGAGGUCUCCAGUCAACGUCGUAGCCACCGGUCUGGUGCCGAAUUUGGCCCAGUGAGACGGAUUCAUAUUAAAGAGGACUACUCGCAGCAACCACUUCUCCGAAAAGUCCCCUCCCUGCCUGACAGAGGCUGCCCUAACCUGAAAAACAUUGAACUCACUCACAGGUGCCAAGCAAGAGGCUACGGACAGGAUGAGUCAUUGCUGGCUGGUGCUGAAAAUCCCAGCAUCCUGAGAAGACCGAUACGCUCACAGAGCACCAGAGAACAUCGUCACUACUAUCAUUACCAAUCAAAAUCUCCCCUGGAUCCUGGACAGAUGGAACCCUUCCCUGCCCAGUUCAACAGACGGACUCAGAGCACUAAAGUCAAGCCCACACAAUAUGACCACAUGGAGGGGUAUUACGCAGCACCAAGAUCUAAAUCCACAAGAUCUGGAAAAUCUGCCAGAGGAUAUUUACCUGGACAGAGCUGCAUGUCUCCCCGAGGGCAGAGACUGCUGUCCAAUGUUCUGGUUCAUGAAGGUUUUUAUCACCCUGCUCUAAGAUCAGAGGGUGGGGGUUUAUAAGUGAUCUCAGUCCACUGCUUAUUCAUCUACUUCGUUGUUGGGUCCAAAGGACACCUGCACUUUAUCCUCAGCCAGACCAACAGACCAAGUUUUGCUUUACUCUAUGGAGCUGCUAAAUAUGAAAUGAGGCUUAUAGUAUGGACUUUGCUGUUGGAAAACGUUUUAAGGGAAUAAACCUUUUGUUUUAACACUGAAAAUGUGGAAAUAGGUGUAAGAAGCAUGUAUGAAAAAAAAUACUUUUCUAUGUUUCAAUUGCAUAACAAGGGAUAACAAGGUAAAUUUGUGUUUUAAUAUGAUUUUUAAGUUUAGGAAAGUGUAGAUAAUAACUUAUUUUAAAAUGUAUUAUACUGACAGAAGGGGAUAUAUUUACUGGCACCCAUGAUAAAGAUGUGAAAAAAACUUCAAUUGAAUUCAGACUUUAUUGCAGAAGCAUAAAUGAGUGACAUCACAGCAAAAGAAGAGAAGAAGAAGAGAAGGACAUCAAAUAACGAAGCAUGUGCCACCUGUGCAUAGGAUUGAAUUUCUACAAAAUUCCCUUAAUUUACUAACAUUUCGAAACACAUAUUUUUCAAAAAGCAGCAUAUCUGUUGGUUAGGAGACAGGGCAAGAGCAGCUUUAAAGAAAAUCUUCACAGAGUGCUGCCUUAAAGGCACCAUUUUUAUGUUUUUUAUAACAUCCAUUAGAAAGUAUGAAUUCUGGACUGUUUUUGAGAGGCACCCCAGGAAAAAAUUUUUUUGUCAUACUAUCAUAAAUGCAGCCAUGCGGAGAUGUCCUAAUUCUUUCAUGACUAUUACUGAAAAUAUAUCCUUUGGUGAGGUGUGCCUCAGAUCUGGCUUUAACAUCAAACUGGCUAGGUGAGUCUGAAGUAAAUAAAGCAUGAACACAUGAGAAAGAAAAUAAUCUUCCCUGAUGACUAGGAUAGAGGAUCUGUGAGGCUGUAGUCCUGCUUCUGUUUUAAUGGUCAUGUGAACCUCAAAGUGUCGGCCUGCCUUCAAAAUCUAGAGAUGUACUAUGACUCAUUCCAGCUGUGAUGCACAAAGCACACAUUAAUCUCCUUCCAGACUAUUUAGAAGGUUUUAAAUAAAAAAAAAGAGCCUUGAAAUAAAUGUGUGUCAAAAAAAAGGUGAAGCAUCUUUACACAUUUUAUUGUAAAGCUUUUUAACCAUACUUGUCAGGGAUGCCAAUAAAUGUGGCCAGUACCGUAUAGGAGUAACACACAUAUAAUAUGUGGCCAAUGUACUGUAUAUUUUGUUUUCUAUUCUACAGUCUGCUCAGACUUCAACAAGCACUUUUGAGGAUAACUGUGGAUGAAACACAUUGUCUUAACAUGGUGUAGAUGGAGACAUAAAGCUUAUAUUUUUUCUGUAAGAAGCAGCUUGCUCAGAAUCAUUGUUAAAUAGCACUUUUCGGGGGGUAAAAUCUAAAGAUAACCUCAUGCUUUCUAACUCUUCAGGGGUCGCUCACAAGCUCUUCUUGUUAAAUGAUAUCCAAGCCGUGAGUGCUGUAUGGUUUCUGUUAAAGUCGAAGCUACUGUGGCUAAAUAUGCUGGAUUUAAGGCAAAUCAACUCAAGCUCUUAGAUAAUAAAAAGUGUAUUUUAUAUGGCAUUGUGGUUUUGUCAUAAAAUAAAGAAAUACUUCCUCUUUA